AUGGUGCAAAACAAGGGUCUCAUUUUCAAGAAGGUGCCCGAGGGAUGGCCGAAGCCAGGUCAGGACCUCGUAAUUGAAGACCGUCCCAUCGACCUCGACCAGGAGCUCCCAGAGGGCGCUCUACUCGUCAAGAACUACUAUGCCUCUUUCGACCCCUACCAGCGCGGACGCAUGCGGGCCGCCGAGUCCAAGUCCUACUCCCCACCCUUUGAGCUCGGAAAGCCCAUUACCAACCGCUGCAUCUUCAAGGUAGUAAAGUCAAACUCGGAGAAGUUCAAGGAAGGCGAGACGCUUAGUACCCAAGGCAUAACUCCUUUCGAGGAAUACUCUGUCCUUGACAAGAACACAGUUGCGCUAUGCUUCAAACUGGAGAAUCCUUACAACCUCGACCCCAAAUUCUUCCUCGGUCCCCUCGGCAUGCCCGGCCUAACAGCCUGGUCAUCCUUCUACGAAAUUGGUCAGCCAAAGAAGGGCGAAACAAUCUUCAUCUCCGCAGCCUCCGGCGCCGUUGGCCAGCUCGUCGGCCAGCUCGCCAAGCAUGAAGGCCUCACCGUUAUCGGCAGCGUAGGUGACGAUAAGAAACUCGAAUUCAUCCAGAAGGAGCUUGGGUUCAACUCAGGGUUCAAUUACAAGAAGGAGAAGCCAGCCGAUGCGCUAGCACGCCUCGCACCCAAUGGAAUCGACAUCUACUACGAAAACGUUGGCGGCGAACAGCUCGAAGCUGCCAUCAACGCCAUGAACAACUUUGGCCGCAUUGUCGCCUGCGGUAUGAUCAGUCAAUACAACUUGAAGCCUGGCGAACAGUACCCCUUCCGGAAUCUCAUGUCUAUCGUUGCCAAGAGACUGACGAUCAGGGGCUUCAUUGUUUCCGAUGCGAACAUGGGACCCAAGCACGCGAAGGAGCACCAGGAGAAGCUGCAGAAGUGGCUCAGUGAAGGCACGUUCAAGGCGACGAUUAGUGUCACCGAGGGCAUUGACAAUGCUGCUGAGGGUUUCGUUGGUAUGCUGGAAGGCAAGAACUUUGGCAAGGCUGUGUUGCAGAUUGCCGACUUGCAGAAGGAUUCAUAG